UGAGAAGUCUAGGCAGUCUGUGGUUACGUUGUUACUUAAUUUUGUAAGGAAAGCAAAGCAAACUGUGCUGAAUUUAUUUUGUUAUUGGCAUUUCCUUCAAUUGUAAUUUCAUAAAUAGUCAACAAGUCAAAAUUCCACGCAGAUACACACCGGACUGAUGUUUGUCAAUCCUGUGUGAAAAUAACAAACAUGGGAUUUGAAAUCAAAAGAUUUCAAGGUGACGUUGAUGAAGAGCUCAUCUGUCCUAUUUGUUCAGGGGUUUUAGAGGAUCCGCUUCAGGCCCCUGCUUGCGAGCACGCGUUUUGUCGUGCUUGUAUAACGGAGUGGAUAAGUCGCCAGCCCACCUGCCCAGUGGACCGCCAGGCCGUCACCGCGAGCCAGCUGCGACCUGUGCCCCGAAUACUGCGCAACUUGUUAUCAAGGUUGUGCACAAGUUGUGACAACGCACCGCAUGGGUGCAACGCUGUACUCAAACUGGACUCACUGGCAUCCCAUUUAGUUGAAUGUGAAUAUAAUCCCAAAAGGCCAAUGCCAUGUGAAGCAGGCUGCGGACUUGUGAUACCGAAAGAUGAAUUGGCCGAACACAAUUGUGUCCGUGAACUGCGGGCGCUCAUCGCUACACAUCAGGGAAAGUUAAAUGACUACGAGCAGGAAUUGGCAGAACAAAGACUUGUUAUAAACGAACAUAAACGAGAAUUGGCAUUGUUGAAGGAAUUUAUGCGGGCGAUGCGCCUCUCGAACCCUUCGAUGCGAGCGUUGGCAGAUCAGAUGGAGAGGGAGGAAGUGGUGCGCUGGGCUAACUCCCUCGCCCGCGCCCGGGUCACGCGCUGGGGCGGCAUGAUCUCCACUCCUGAUGAUGUACUACAGAUGAUGAUCAAGCGAAGUUUAUCAGAAUCUGGCUGCCCACCUCAUAUAAUAGACGACCUCAUGGAGAACUGUCACGAACGGCGGUGGCCGCCCGGCCUGUCCUCACUCGAAACCAGACAAAAUAAUAGAAGGUUAUACGAAAAAUACGUCUGCAAAAGGGUCCCAGGAAAACAAGCAGUUUUAGUACUGCAUUGUGAUAAUACCCACGUGGACGAACACAUGAUGGUGGAGCCAGGCCUCGUCAUGAUCUUCGCGCACGGAAUAGAGUAGCAGAGGACCCCAAGAUUAUGGUGUUCAAGUGACAUAUUAUAUGCUCUCAAAUUAGACUGUGACUUGUAUGCGGAGGUGCUGACUAUAGAGCGUCUUAUAGAAUUUUCCAGAAUGAUGUGAAUGAAAACUUCUUGAUACUUUGGUUACUUCAUUCACUCUGCAAUGGAUUAGAACAGGGUAUAUUGAGAAUCUGUUGACAAUAGCCUGAUAAGGCUCUUAUGAAGUUCAUGUUUGUGCUAUGAAUUUGUCCGUCCACUUAGUGCCUCCGCAGACCAGUACACACAUUGUCAGGGUCGCCGCACUCGAAGUAAAAUACGCGCGGCGUUGAGGAGCCGCCCUGGAUCUCUGAGCGACCCCACGACAAACUACUCUGCCAAUAUGAACCAUAGUCUAACAAUAAUAACACCACAUAGCCAAACUGUGUGGCCAGCCAUAAAUUAUGUUGGCAUUUUAAAAAAGUAUUUUUCUGGCAACUAUAAGACCAAUGAUUAUUGUACAAUAAUAUACAAAUCAUAUUUGAUAAUAAUGAGUGUUGAAAUAUUUUUAGGUGUGAAGUAUGUGAGUUUCUAGUAUGAGUAACAUUGGAUUGAAGACAUUCCGAAUAGAAAUGAAAUAGAAAUGAUAUUUACUAAAAGUUUUUUAAGUUGAUUCAAUGUUAUGGAAUUCAAAAUUUAAGUAUUAAUUAAAUAUUUUAGUUUUUAUAAGUUUUUUUAUAUUGAAUUAGUGAUUGAAUGCUGUGUUAUGUUUACAAAUAGUGUAUCAUUGUUUUUGUAAAAUACCCUUGUCUAAUGCUGUGUACACACUGCCAUCAAAAUAAGCUAGCGUAUAUUUAUAAGGGCGAAAAAUAAUGUUUACUGACUUGGCUAAUCCGGUGUGUGCUCAGAAUGAUUAAUUGCAGUUUAAUUUUAUUAUUCCUACCUACAUUAAUUUGAUUAUUCUUUGCCUUGUAAUUGGUAAUCUAUGUUAUGUAUUUAGCUCAAUCUUUAAAUAAAUAUACCUACUGAUCACUAAUUGAAA